AUUCCCAAGUUUGUUCACCCGCAGGGGGGGUGGAGAGAGAGAGAGAGAUGUCUGUGCUACCAGACGAGCUCUGGAGACGAAUACUGGAGAUAGGGGUCACGGGUUUGAGUCUCGGCUACAAAGACCUCUGCUGCAUCUCCAUCUCUAGCCGACGCCUCCAUAGAUUGUCCACAGAAGACGUUUUCUGGUCCGCAUUACUCUCUUCCGACUUCCCGGAAAGCCAUCCUCCUUCUUCAUCAAACUACACCCCAUCUUCUUCCUCUUCUUCUUCUAAAUCCCUUUACAGAAUCAGGUUUGAGCGAGACCGAGCACGCAAACGUGCGGCCCAUCAUCGUGCAGUGCUUAGACUAGAAAGUCAAAUCGCUGAGCAUUCAAGAAGGGCUCAAGAGAUAGAGCUUCGGUCGGGGGAAGAGGUUGAGAAAUUGAAAGCAACGAUUGCGGAGUUAUCGAAUUUGCAGAGGGUUAGGCAAGCAUCCGUAUCUUUGAAUGUGUGGCAGCCAGAUGUUAUCCGGGACAGGCAAAAGCAGUUAGUUGAGCAGUGUGUUGUGCCAGUUGAAUCUCGGAUAAAUACACUUGAGAUGGAAAUUAAACUUUGUAGGCAGCUGAUUGCAGGACUUGAUAAGGCCCAUAGAGAAGAGAAACGAAGACUGCAGAAAGCAAAGGAGCAGUUAGCAUCCAUGAAUUAUCACCCCUUGCAAGAUAACAAGUUAACUACUAUUGUGGUUGAUGAACAUAACAUUAAGAGGAAGAAAUUGAAGAAAUGUGUUUUUGAGCAUGAGAAGCAGGCGAAGAUAUUGUAGAUUGGCUGCUGUUGGCGCUCUGGAUCAACGAGCUUGCAGUUCCAGUCUCCCCCUCUCAUCUCUGUUUAAUAUGGCCAUUGAGACUUCUGUCCACGACUGAGGUGACAAGCCCACUGUAGAUGCAUGGCAUUGGGGAAUGCACCAAGAUCCACCGUAGCAAAGGCACAAGGGAAGUAGAAUUGAGUUUGUUCGCUGAAAACUGAUAUUUUAGUGGGAAAUUAAUCCAUGUUUGGUUGUAAAAAAAAAAAAAAAAUAGUUUUUUGUUUUUUAUUUUAAAUUUCUAAAUAAUCACACAGAUAUCGCUUUAUUUUUCAAAUUUUCAAGAUUUAUGUAGAAAUGUAGAUGAAGUAAAACGAAAUGUUUUCAACUUUCUAAUACAAAUUCAAAAAUUUAUUUGAAAAGUUGAAAAUGAAAAA